UUCGACAGACCACAGCAUACCUAUCAGUCGCCAUUGUCAUGCAUGGAUAGGAGUUUAUUUGUUUUGAAUUGUAUUUAGAUAUCGUUUAACCUAUCAAUAAUUCCUCAAGCAAUUGAUUAGUGAUUAUGUCAAUGUUAUCCAGUUUUUUUUCAAGUAAUUUAAAGUUAUUUAGAAAACAAAUUUCCAUAAAAACAACAAAAUGUUUGUCCACAAAGGAGGUUUAGUUCCUAGAAUUUCCUGUAGGACUUCUGUCUACGUUAUUGAAUUUUCUGUAGCUCAGCAUAGCUUAAUUUUUAUUAAUGAAAGCUCACGAAUUUCAGUAGGAAAUCGGUGAUUUUCGUCAGUGGUAGUUGUAAUAUUUGUUUCGUAUUAAAUUGUGAAUAGGUGGCCCCAUAACAGUUAAGUGUAAAGCAUAUCUGAUACUGGUCAAAAUGGAACAGCAGAUGCUAGCCUGUCCUGUUUGCACACUCUUUCUUCGGGAAGGAAUGUCCAUGCAAAAUCAUUUAAAUACUCAUCCUAAAGAUCAAGUUAUCGAAGCUUUAGUUAGAUUAUAUACUUCUGGAAGACCUUUUAAUGCUUACAGUCCUCCAGCUAUCGUUAACCCUUAUCAGGUUGUAUCAGAAGAACACAUAUUUUUGGGUAGACAACAGGUUACCACUAAUAUAAUUCAUGCCCCUUUUAUGGGAUAUCCCGUUUAUCCUAACCAGCAAAUAUUGGGAUCAAGUGAAUUUACUCAGUCCGAAUCUAUGCAACUGAAUAUUUCUGGACAAGAAUCAGGAGUUAUAACCACAUUAGUAAAUUAUUCGAAUCAAGAAGACUAUAAUAGAGAACAGAUCGAGGAUGAAAAUCCAGAAAAAAUUAUUCCUGAGCAAUGUCAAAUAAAAGAAAACGAUGAAAUGAUGUUAAGUUGUAUGCCAAGUACAAGUCAUCCUGCAUCACCUAUGAGCCACCAUUCUGAAGCAACACACAUCACAGAUGAAGAUGGACAUUGUGACAAUGUAAUUGUUGCUGAUGAUCGAGAUUAUGAAGAUGAAGAAGUUGGAAAAACACAUUUGGAUGAAGAAAACGAUCCAGAAUUGAGUAGCUCUGGACUUAAUAUUGCUGCUGAUGAAAAAAUGCCCCCUAGGGGAGAACUCUCUGGACAAGAAAGUCUUGGAACUACUGUCAAUUCAGUCUGGCUUCCAGAGGCUACAGUCAUUUCAGAUCCAAUAUGGGUCGAUAAGCAGGAAGACACGAAAAAGAAGUUUCCAUGUCUUCAUUGCCAUGAGGAGUUCACCUGCCCCAAGGAAAGGAGGGUCCAUAUUGUUACUUUGCAUUGUUCAGCUGAAAAUUCAGAAAGCAAGGCAUUUCAAAAAGAAGUUAUAUGUCUGAAAUGUGGUCUCCAACUUCAAUCACAAAAAGAACUUAAAGCCCAUAUGCGAACAGAACAUAAAAGAGUUUCUAGACAGUGUACAGUCUGUAAUCAGGAAUUUGUUACCCAAGAGCUUUAUGCAGAGCAUUUAUUAAAAGUCCACCCUUUGGAAUGUAGGACUUGUGGUAAAACAUUUCAUACCAAAAAUAGUCUUUACAUUCAUGCAAAAAUUCAUAUGCCUGUAAAGCCAUAUGCCUGCACUCUCUGCUCUAAAACUUUUGUUACCAAUCAGAAACUAAAAGAACAUAUGAAUGGUCAUACUGGUUUUGCACCUCUUCAGUGUAACUUGUGUGACAAAAAGUUUAAGCGCUAUUCAAAUCUAAAACAGCAUAAAAACAAUGCUCAUUUACAUAUUAAAAAAAAAUCCAAAGAUUAUUUUUGUGAAUGUGGAGAAACUUUUAACACAAAAAAGAAGUUGGAAUGGCAUAAAGAAAUACAUGAAUCUAAACCAAAGCAAUGUAUGUAUUGUAGUGAAAGGUAUGUGCAUCUUGCUAGCUUGACUAGACACAUUCGUAGAGCUCAUGAUAGUCACUUUAUUCCACCAUCUGAAUCAAAUAUUAAAAAAAAGAAUGUAUCUUGUCCGAUUUGCAAUAUGGUAUUCAUGGAAAAAUCUUUAAAAUUGCAUAUGCUGCAACAUAGUUCUCCUAGACAAUAUGGGUGUAUAGUUUGUGGAAAACGCUUCCAAACUAAAUGGAAUUUACACUUCCAUAGAUGGACUCAUGCAUCCAGGAUGUCAAAGCCUUUUAAAUGCUCAAUGUGUAAAGGAGCCUUUGUAAGACUUUCAGAGUUGCAAGCCCAUCUUCGAACACAUUAUGGAACCAAACCAUUCACUUGUAAUCAUUGUGGCCGACAGUUCAAUAGGAAACACAAUUGGCAAAGGCAUGAAAAAGAACAUUUACAAGCUAAAAAAUAUAGCUGUAAUGAAUGUGGUAAAUCCUUUCACCGUAGCUACUACUUAGUUGACCAUUCACGAGUUCACACAGGUAUAAAACCAUAUUCUUGUCAUAUUUGCAAUAAAACCUCUUCUACCAAGUCGAAUCACAAUAAACAUGUAAAAACUCAUCAUGCCCGAGAACCUAUUAACUCAGAAUCUUAAUCUGCUGUUCUGUUUGAAUUAUUUUAAUUUCAACUGAUUAUGGGGCCACCUUGGCAUUAAUCAAUCAUCAUAUAGUUAAUUAAUUUUCAUAGUUAUAGAAAAUAGGUUUUAAAACAGAGAAGAGUACAAUUCAACCUUUAUUUUAAUGUUUUAGCUAUUUAUUUUAUUUUUUAAUUUUUAAGUUUCUUUUACUGUGUAAUGAUUUUACAAAUUAAGUUAAGAUUAGUGUAAUUAAGUUUCUACCUAUAAUAUUGUGAUAAUAGGAAUAUUUUAAGUAAAAAAAAAUACAAAGUGAAUAUCAUCGUAUUAUAUAUAUGAACUUUGUACAUAGUGAAAAAUUGUAAAUAUAUUUUAAAUUGAAC